AGGCCGAGUUAGUCAAUCGGUGUCCGGCCGAAACGAAAGAUCUCUGCUAUCGCCGAGCAAACGAAAUUUACCUAGUAUAGAACACUUCUUUUAAUUUACAAUUUAAAUUGAUUGCAACUAAUUAGGAUACUCCCCAAACGAACCGAACAUAACUCACUUCUAUUCCGACGAACUUGUGUAACUUACUUGAUUUAAUUGCGAACUUCCUGUACGAACUGUGUGAAUAUAUAUUUAAACAAAAAUAUAACAUACUUUGCUAAACAAUUGUCGAAGAAGUGCUCUACAUACCGACGAUAUUCAACUUGGUCUGUGCGCGAAAAAAGUGGAUUGAAAAUUAACGUAUUGACGUCAUUACACUGCAAGAAACAGUGGCAAGCUGGCAGUAAAUAAACUGUUUACAUUACAACAUCGUCGGUCGACUUAGUGAGUGAGUGAGUGAGUGAAUAAACAUAUACAGAAGUUUGAGGCACACCAACUGUUGGUCUACGACGCCCAAGGAUUUCACAGCUAAUGAUUGAGGAGAAUGCAACGAUGACCAGGUGAAGUAUAGCAGGGACUUUCGGCAGGGUCGGAGUGCACCGCAUAUGCAGUACUUGAAAAAGCAGAAACCCAAAAAAACGACGGCAACAUUUUUAUAUACUAAAGUUACAUAAAAAUGGCUGAAAACCAAACCAAAACGACCUCUAGCAAGGGAUGUAAUACAAUGAGCAGGACCGCCCAUAUCCUGGCGCCCCACAAUGGGACUGUGGUCCGCCGGACGGAUCCUGGCUCCAAACUCAAAGAGAGCUUCCACAUGGAGAAGCGCGAUAUCGAAGACUGGCAAACGAUGGCCAAGAGCAAGUUGAAGCGCAAGAAGAAACUGAGCAGCUCCCUGACUUCCGUGGGGGAUACGGUGAAUCAGGAGAAGCGCACCCGAAUCGAGGGCAUCCAGCUGCAUUGUCGCGGCAAAUUGCGACCCAAGGAUACCCAAUCCUUUGAGGCCGAGAAGCGCCCACCAGCAGGCUCCCAGAAGCAAAUGGGAAAGACAGAAAAAGAUCGAGAGCGACCCGUAAUAAUUGGUGGCGUGACUACCACCAAUGUGAUAGCAGCACCUCCACAGAGGAUCAAGAGGAAACUGCAGGAGAACAUGGACACCAUCCAGAAGCUAAACGCCCUCACGGAGCAACUGCGUCUGGAGGUGAAUGAACUGAAGUCCAGUCUGAUCACAGAACGCGGUGCAGUGAGGGCCUUAAGGGCUCAGAAUGACGCAGAUAGUCGUCGGUGGAAGAGUGAAGUGAAGAAGUUGCAGCACACGCUGGAAAUGGCCAAGAAGAGCAACGGUAUGAAGAAGGCCAUCGAAUCGGGCCCAGAAUCGAGUGGUGCACAUGUGACCGCCGAUGGCCUCAUCAACUAUGAAAUCCAAAGACUGACUAACGAGAUUGCCGUGCUGAAGGAAGCGAAUCGAAACAAGGAGGAGAAGACCCAGAUUAUGGGGCAGGCUGAUAGACUCAAGGCUGCCGAUAUGCGGCAAUUGAAGAACGCGUACGAAAACCGAUUGACUCACAUACAGAAAUCAGCCAAAAUUGAAAUAACACGUUUGUAUUGCAGGUGGAUGAACACGUUUUGCUCAUAUAUUUCUAAACUCCAUCCCAUACGCCAGGCUCAAGUUACACCUGAGAUAACCCAACUCAAGAACAUUGAGCUAAUCAACAAUACGAAAAAUGCACAUAAAUCAGCGCUCGAGAUGCGCACAACAAUGAAGAGCAGUCAGCCGAAUGGCUUGGAUGAUGCUCCUACACGGAUGAGGGCCCCCGACGAGAUGAGGGCCACCACUUGGAUGACGACGCUGCUAGGCAGUCACAGCCAUAGCCACAGCCACAGCCAUCCGGCAGUAGCCAAGUCGAAGGAUCCCAAUUCGGACACGGACUCGGCCUUGUCCUCGGCCCCGCCCUCCAUCAGCCCGCAGCCGCCCUCCAGCGGAUCCGACAGCGGCGUGAUUUGGCAAACACUGCAGGAUCUGGACAAGUUGCAAAAGGAAGCGGAAAUGUACCAAAAGGAGAACGAGCGCCUGCAGACGGAGGUGCAGCUGAUGAAACAGGAGCUGGAUGCCGCGGAAAAGGCGGCCAUGAGCAGUGGCAAGAAGCAGGCCCAGAUCGGGGAGCUGAUGCAGCGCAUCAAGGAGCUGGAGGAGAAGCAGUCGAGCUUGGAGGACGAGGCCAGCGAACUGCGGGAACAGAAUGAACUCCUUGAGUUUCGCAUACUCGAGCUGGAAGAUGAUAGCGAUAAGAUGGAGAGCACCUGCGAGGGCCACUGCCAGAGUCUGCAGGAACUGCUGGAGCAGUCUGCCCAGCAGCUGGAGGAUCGGGACAAGCGCUGCUUGCAACAAUUGCUGCAGUGCGUCCAGCAACUGGAUCUGGAUGCCAUAAUGCCAGGCGAUCAGAACCGGACGGAAACUCCCAGAAGGCACAAUCCAACCCAUAGUCACAGCCACAGUCAAAGUCACAACCACAGGAUCGUAGCCACAGUUCAGCCCUAUAGCAACUGUGCCACGCCCACAGCUCCGCCCACGCCAAGCAAGAGGCACUGCAGCCAGGUGAGCUCGUGGCAGAGCAGCAGCCUCAGCGAGAGCGGAGUGUUCGUAGAGUGCGAUCUGCCCUCGAAUCCCAAUCCCAUUGGCCACCCGCAUCUGCUGUUCUACCAGGAGAGAUUGGAGCAGUUGGAGGGCAAGCUGCUGAUCUACGAGAGCAGCGGCGAGACCCAGGCACGGCACUUGGCCCAGAGACUGCAGCGGGAACUGCAGCUGGAGAAGGAUCUCAAAGAGCUUGCGGACCGAGUGGAAUUGCUAAUCGAGCAAAACGCCCAGUUGGAGGAGGCCAAGUGCGAGUUUGAGGAGGCCGAGAACGACACACGACUCCAUUUGCAGCGUAACGAGGUGGAACUUGAAAUUCUUCGCCAGCGCAACGUGGAGUUGGAAUUCGGCAAGGAAGCACUGGGCGCCAAGUAUCAGGAUUGCAGGGCGGAGGUACUAAUCCUUCGAGAGGAUCUGGCGGCAGCUGAAACCCAGCUGGAGCAUCUGCAGGCUGAAAGAAAGCAAGCCAGAAAGGAGCUUCAGGAUCUGAGAAGAUCGCUUCCAUUACUCCUAAUCUCCCGCUUCUUAUCACUAGCCAAAAUGGGCAACGAGGAAUCCUCCAUGGGAGGCAGCCCCCGCCUAUCCUCGGGCUACACUUCUUCUAUACACCAGGAUCGUGAUUUCAGUGCCAAGAUCCAAACAACAGAGUUUGACCUCGGUCAAGCGGGAUUCACCGAUUCCGGCGAGCAUCGGGAGAUCGUUUACCUAAAGGAAGAAGUCAAGAGUCUGCGUAGCCAACUGAAAGAGCUAAAUGCCCGGCACUACGAAGCCAUGGAAACUGCAGACUCACACUGGGUGGAUCUGGAGCAGCAGUACAAGGAGCGCGAGGAGGCCCAACAGGCCAAGGAGGCCAGUCUCAAGCAGAAGAUAGCCCAACUGCAAGAUUGCCUCCGGGAGGAUUCCCGGGCGGCGACCGAAAAGAUCCAGCAGCUGGAGGAGGGGGAACUGUCACUGAAGUCCUGCCUGGUCCGCAUGACCAAGGAGCAUCGCGACCUGCUCACCGAGAAUCGCACUCUACAGUGCAGCUUGGAGAGUCUAAUGGCCAAAAUGGAAAAGGAGGCAGAACACAAGAUGCCCCUGACAGAGGCUCUGGAAAACGAGAGGCGCAGGACCCAGACACUAAUGGAUGACCUCAUCUUUGCCAAGAAGGUGCAGCAGAACACCGAGGAUCAGUUGAGGCAGGAGACGGAUGCUUUGCGCACCCAGAUCUUCAACAUCAAAAAGGAUUACCUGCACAUCGAGGUCACCAACGGCGAGCUGAAAGAGGAGGUGGGCACGCUGGAGAACAAAAUCCGCCAGAUGGAAAACCAAAUGAGGGAUUCGGAGGAGCGGGCGCGCUGCCUGGAGGACGAACUGCGCACUAAGGACGAACAGUGCCAGCUCUUGGAACGCAAACUGGGCGUUAUGCCCGAAGGCUACAGCCUGGCCGAUGAACUCCAUGAUAGUCCUGCAAAGCGGGCCAAGAAGGAUGAGGUACCGAGCCUCCAGGCUGCCAGCCAGGGACUGGGCGUGGCCCUACUCGAUCUAGAGGGUCGUGAUUUUGGUCUACCACUCCAAAAGGACUUCCAAGCGAUCGCCUGCAGUGUGAAGCAACUGGCGGAUACCCUUCUCUCACAGAGUCCGUCCGAGGUGAGUCUCCAAAGCAAAGAGCCUGCCAAACCAGCUGGUUCGGAACCCGAGGGCUCCAGUUGGGCUACGGUACAGGAUGCCUCCUCAGAAAAAAUACCUGAGACAGGAUUAUCAACUGUGACUAGUCUAGAAUGCCAGGGAAAUCAAGAAACUCAAGAUUAUCAGGUCAUUCAAGAAAAUCCGGGAAGUCUAGAGAGUCAAGUCGAUUCGGAAUGUCUAGAAAGUCAAGAAAGAAAUCUCGUUAGCAGCAAGAAAUCUAGUUAUGUUAGUGUCCUGACAUCCUCAUGCCGGUCAAUAGUCCGGGAAUUAGCUGGGGGAUCAGCCCAAAAAUCUGAACUACACCUUGGUGAAUCGGACAGCAGGGCGGAUCCGCAGAUAAUUCAACCAACGGAUGAGGAAGAGCAGAAGGUCACCGCGUUGCCGUCUUCCAUGAGGCAGCUGUUCCACGAGGUUUGUUCUGUGGAUCACAAGCCCGAGCACGAACCCGAGAUUAAAAAGAAAAGCAAAAAGCGGGCAAAGGAUAAGAAGGAGAGGCAUCCAAGACCAAACAGUCGCCAGCGAAAAAUACAGCGUUUCCUCUUCCGUCACAUUUACCAUCCACGUACACGCGAUCGAACUCUGGGUUUCCCGCUUGAAAAGAGCCUCUCCUGCAGUAGUUUCUACUCGCUUUUGUCAGUUCACUCGGUUCACUCGGCCAGAUCCGGCAUUUCUAUGCACUCCCUUCACGCUGAAGUUGUUAAUCGUGAUUUGGGAUCUCUGACCAGUGUGUCAUUUGUACAAACGGACGAGCUGAAAACCCUGGAGGGGGAGGUUCAGGUCACGGCAGAGAGCAAUGAACAGGAGAUACAAGUUCAUCCAGAGACGGUCGAGUGUGGAACACAAAUCGAUGUGGGUGUGGAGCAACGACUCCUCCUGAUGCCUCUGAGAACCAGGUGCUUCGUGGAUUUGCUUCAGGGCGCCGUGGACGGAUACCUCGAUGUUGCCGCCUUCCGGACCCGUCUUCUUCGCUUAUGGGAGGGCGGAGAGGAUUUCCGUGAGCACCUUGAAUUUUUGCAAGACAUGUGGAUUGAAAAGAGUACUCAGAAGUCGCAGGAGAGCUACGAAGGAUUUGUGGCUGCUCUGGACUGUGUGCACAACUUAAAGUUGGCCCUUAAGCCCGCAUCUUCGGCGCUUCUGCAACAGAUCGAGCGGCGAAUCCACACAAGACUUCUGCUCUUCCACAACCACAAGGCGGAAUCGGAGUUCUGCUGCACUGUCUACAUUCCCGUGGAGAGGAGCAAUUCCACGUUGUUCAGGGCUAACAAAUAGUAGCCUAUACCUCUAUGUAAAUACUCCAUACAUAAAUCUAAAUUACCAAGUGACUGUCCCUUAUUUUUGUCUCCUUGAGGGUUUGAGGUCUCGGAAGUAGUGAG